UCAGGAAUAUUCCUUAUUCAAUUCUUUCGUUUCGCGCCGCCCACUCAUAAACAGCCACAGAGUAAACAUUGGGUAGGUACCCGCCAUCACGUUGACUGAAUCUCCUCCGGUUGUGUGUCUUCAUUCGUAGCAAUUUCUGCCAACAAGGCAAAUGCAUGCGAGCACAUGACACGUUCUAGUAUUAUGGUUUGGAGUCCGCUUGUGAAAUCGAGCAUUUCGUCGUGGGGAAGAGCUUGAGCGACACACGUGGCAUGGGGGCCGUAACGUGGAUUUUAUACGCUGUCAUCGUGUGGGCAUCCAACAAAUCCAGGGUCGGUGGCCAGCCCUUGUCAUGUUCAGCUGCGGCUGACUAUGAUCCAAGUAUUAGGCCCAAUAGCACGGGUGCGCCGGUAGACGUGAGCCUUCACUUUUACAUUGAAAGCAUGGGAACGAUAAAGGAAUCAACAAUGGUAUCCAGCCAGCGAGUGGUCACCAAAUCCUUCGUUCAAAGUAGACAUACCGUGAAGUCACCUCCUAGCAAAUCGUCUGCGCCCACCCAGGAUUUCACCAUGACGUUGUUCUUCCGACAAUUCUGGCACGAUUCCCGCCUAGUGGCCAACGCCUCGGUCGGCCGGGACGUGGUCAACUUCAAGGGGGACCGUAUGAGCACGAUAUGGACUCCAGACGUCUUCUUCCUGUACGAGAAGGAAUCCACGUUCCACGACGUCACAGUGCCCAACCGGAUGAUCCGGCUGUACCCGAACGGCACCGUGUUGAUGAGCACGAGAGUUUCAGUUACGCUCUCGUGCAACAUGGACUUGGCGAGGUUUCCAAUGGACACCCAAGAGUGUCAGAUGAUCAUGAUGAGCUACACUUACAACUCCAACGAAAUGAUCCUCACCAUCACCAACAAUUCCUUGGAAAUUGACGCCGAUCUGCAAAUUCCGCGAUUUCAACUGGACGGAUACAAGACCGACAUGACCGAGAUUGGCUAUGGGCCGACGGGUAAUUACAGCGUGGCAAGGGUCAUAUUUAGCUUCAGUCGUCACCUCCAGUCGUACAUCCUGACCGUCUACAUACCCAGCAGCUUGAUUGUCGUCAUCGCGUGGUUGUCGUUUUGGAUCGACGCCAAGGCUGCACCCGCGCGCGUAUCCCUGGGGAUAACGACUGUUUUGACGAUCACGACCAUGACGGCUGGCAUGCAAGAGACAAUGCCACUUGUGACGUACGCCAAGGCCCUUGACGUAUGGUUAACCGUCUGUCUCGUAUUUGUCUUCUCAUCGCUCAUGGAGUAUGCUUGUGCGAACUACUUAGUCAUUCUGGAAAACAAACGGAAGCUGAAAAACUACACCAAGAAACUAGGGAACGGAAUCAACGAGAAAGUAGACCACUUGCGAGUAUUCGAGUUCCACUACGGCCUAGGAGUGGCCAGGCGACCCGGCUACCGUGAGCCACUGACCGCAGACAAAUUGGACAGAAUCUGCCGCUACUCUUUUCCUGUCGUUUUUGCAUUAUUCAACGCAAUCUACUGGCCUGUUUACUUGAAGGCGUGACGCACCACUGUCCAACGCAAAGGUGUUUCAGCUGUCUGGAACGGAAGACGCCAUUGUGGAACAGGGAAAGGGGGGCCAGUCAAACCCACUUGGCGUGGACGGCGGUGUCUUCUUAAUAACAGGCCAACACCAUGCAUCCCCCCACUUUUUCCAAGUGCCAACUUAUCGGAAACUUAGACAAUGGGACAUACUGAUUCUCCAGCGCACUAUUUUGUACGGCCAUGACUGGGUUGUGCGUGAGCCACAUAAGUGUUGAUCAAAUGGCAUUUUCGCCGCAUGUUGUCCAAAGAGAUCAGCAACUGCCAGCAUCAUGACAAAAGUGGGCCUGAAGCGUCUACUUAUCUUAACACCUACAACAACCACCUGCUCCCGACCCGUCCUUGUUGCAACCCCCUCCCUCUCAAAAAUGAAAGAUGGGUGAUUUUUUGGAACCUAUAUUAUGAAUCUUUCUCAUGUUGAUAUUUCGAAAAUUACGUGCAGAAUUGCAGUUUCGGGAGGCAGAUUACAAGACUUGUUUACCCAUUCCCACAACCCUUCCAUCCCCACAACAAGAGCUGUGAGCAUGCUCCUCUGUGUCUAGAUACAUUUCCACAGUGGAGCGUGGCUUGAGCGUAUAUGCGCCAGAGCUGCCUUGAAUUUUGUAAGCUGCUGCCACCAAGCGUCUUCUUAAUAUUGCAAGUCACUGGCGAACCGUGAGUCACUAAAUGAAGCUGGCUUCUCAAACAAGUGAUUCCUACGUGGACCAGUGUUCAAUUACUUUCUCUAUGACUCAAAGUGUUCCACAUGACUUUGAAACCCCGGCUACUCUUCCUAAAUGCACUGAGCAUAAUAUUCUCCAUAUUUUAAUGAGGCAAACAAGUUUCUGUCUCGUUUGACUGCUUUAUACGUCCAGCUUUCUCUAACCCAUAGGCCAUGAAAAAUAGGCCAUGGUAAUAGACUAGCGAAAGGCAAAACGUUUUGAGAGUGGUCACUGAGAAUUCUAAUGGCCUGAACAAUGUGGAGAGAAUGUGAGAAAAUGGGGGACAUUACGUUCGACAAAAUAGCAAGCAAACAGUUACUUUAUGUACUUAACUCCCUGGGGGUGUUAUAGGGCUUGCUUGUCUACUUUUGUCAAGCGGUACCCGUGCCCAGUGUGGAAUGUUUUCAACAUCUAUUAGGUUUGGAGAAUCGCUCGAAAUACUUUUAUCCUAAAUAUCAGGGCCAGUAUGCCCAAGUAUUUGACAUCAUUGACCUGGUGUGCAAGUGUGAAAUUCGAACCAUAUUUCUUCAAAACGUGAUGUAUAAACAUACACAUGUAUACUUUUCAACCCAGAGUUAUUUGUAUUAUAUGGACUUUACUCUUCCAGGGUUGUUCGCUGCUUCACUCUGGGUACUAAAACCCGGAUAGUAACGUGUUGCAUUGUAAUCAAUCUGAGAGUACAUUGCUGUAACUGGAAUGCCAGAUGCAAGGGCAUUAGUUAACCUUGGGGCUCCAUAGUAUGUGUAAGUUUACUGUGAGCACGACACUUCGAAUAUGUGCAAGAGGGUGUCAAAUUAAAUGAGAGUUAAUUAAUCCAUAAUUAAACAUCAUAUCUGAAAGCUUCCAAUCGGAGAACUUUGCGUAUUCCUCGUAAACUCUGCAGGUAUUUUUUACGAAUGAAAGGCUUUUGACAUAAGACAUGUACAAUUCCUUGCAUACAUUUACCUCGGUUCUUGAAGAUUAUCCUAUUUUGAUUGAGAUGUACAAACUGAGUUACUGUUUAUGUCAACAAACAAUACUGUAAAACGGUGGUUUUCAUCGACACGAGUGAAAAACAAAUGCUUGAAUAAAAUAAAAUGUGCAAAUUAGUAAUCAAGCAUGAACAGGACUUGUAAGCACUGCUGGUUUUGCCGAUGGCAAAUUAGUCGAUUGAUACAUCCCGGUUUUACCGAAUAAACUUUUUUUCAAGUUUGUUUUGCACUAUA